GAGAAGGAGGAGCGAACCGGGCUUGGGGGGCGGCUGCACAGUCUCCGGGAUCCCCAGGCCUGGAGGGGGGUCUGCGCGCGGCCGGCUGGCUCUGCCCCGCGUCCGGUCCCGAGCGGGCCUCCCUCGGGCCAUCCCGAUGUGACCAGGCCCAGCGGAGCCUGAGCAAGGAGCGGGUCCGUCGCGGAGCCGGAGGGCGGGAGGAACAUGACAUCGCGGAGAUGGUUUCACCCAAAUAUCACUGGCGUGGAGGCCGAAAACCUACUGUUGACAAGAGGAGUUGAUGGCAGUUUUUUGGCAAGGCCCAGUAAAAGUAACCCUGGAGACUUCACACUUUCCGUUAGAAGAAAUGGCGCUGUCACCCACAUCAAGAUUCAGAACACUGGUGAUUACUAUGACUUGUACGGAGGGGAGAAGUUUGCCACUUUGGCUGAGCUGGUUCAGUAUUACAUGGAACAUCAUGGACAAUUAAAAGAGAAGAACGGAGAUGUUAUUGAGCUCAAAUAUCCUCUGAACUGUGCAGAUCCUACCUCUGAAAGGUGGUUUCAUGGACACCUCUCUGGAAAAGAAGCAGAGAAGUUACUGACUGAGAAAGGAAAGCAUGGGAGCUUCCCGGUCUGAGAGAGCCAGAGCCACCCCGGAGAUUUUGUUCUCUCUGUCCGAACCGGUGACGACAAGGGGGAGAGCAGUGACGGCAAGUCCAAAGUGACCCACGUCAUGAUCCGCUGCCAGGAACUGAAAUACGAUGUUGGUGGAGGAGAACGGUUUGACUCUUUGACCGAUCUUGUGGAGCAUUACAAGAAGAACCCCAUGGUAGAGACGUUGGGCACAGUGCUACAACUCAAGCAGCCCCUCAACACAACUCGUAUCAAUGCUGCUGAAAUAGAAAGCCGGGUUCGAGAACUAAGCAAAUUAGCCGAGACCACAGAUAAAGUCAAACAAGGCUUUUGGGAAGAAUUUGAGACUCUACAACAACAAGAGUGCAAACUUCUCUACAGCCGAAAAGAGGGUCAGAGGCAAGAAAAUAAGAACAAAAAUAGAUAUAAAAACAUCCUGCCCUUUGACCACACCAGGGUUGUUCUGCACGACGGUGAUCCCAACGAGCCCGUUUCAGAUUACAUCAAUGCAAAUAUCAUCAUGCCUGAAUUUGAAACCAAGUGCAACAAUUCAAAGCCCAAAAAGAGUUAUAUUGCCACACAAGGCUGUCUGCAAAAUACGGUGAAUGACUUUUGGCGGAUGGUGUUCCAGGAGAACUCCCGAGUGAUUGUCAUGACAACGAAAGAAGUGGAGAGAGGAAAGAGUAAAUGUGUCAAAUACUGGCCCGACGAGUAUGCUCUGAAGGAAUACGGGGUCAUGCGCGUUCGGAACGUCAAAGAAAGUGCCGCUCACGACUAUACAUUAAGAGAACUUAAACUUUCCAAGGUUGGACAAGGGAAUACGGAGAGAACGGUCUGGCAGUACCACUUUCGGACCUGGCCGGACCAUGGAGUGCCCAGUGACCCCGGGGGCGUGCUGGACUUCCUGGAGGAGGUCCACCAUAAACAGGAGAACAUCAUGGAUGCGGGACCUGUGGUGGUUCACUGCAGUGCUGGAAUUGGCCGGACGGGGACAUUCAUUGUUAUUGAUAUCCUUAUUGACAUCAUCCGAGAGAAAGGCGUCGACUGUGACAUUGACGUUCCCAAAACGAUUCAGAUGGUGCGGUCUCAGAGGUCAGGGAUGGUCCAGACAGAAGCACAGUACCGGUUCAUCUAUAUGGCCGUCCAGCAUUAUAUCGAAACCCUGCAGCGCAGGAUUGAAGAAGAGCAGAAAAGCAAGAGGAAAGGGCACGAAUAUACGAAUAUUAAGUAUUCCCUAACGGACCAGACAAGUGGAGAUCAGAGUCCCCUCCCGCCGUGUACCCCAACACCAUCCUGUGCAGAAAUGAGAGAAGAUAACGCUAGAGUCUAUGAAAACGUGGGUCUGAUGCAGCAGCAGAAAAGUUUCAGAUGAGAAGACCCGCCAAGACGUUGACACAGACAUAUAGAUGUGGACUUGACCCUCUCCAUAAAAAGAUCAAGAACAGAUGCAAGAAAGUUUCGGUGAAGAAUGAACUUGAAUUUCGAAGGCUUGCGUUGUGGUUGACUGAAAGCGAAAUUUAAAACCAUUUAAAGACCACUGUAUUCUAAUUCAACAAUACCCGAUUUCCAGUUACUCAUUUCCACAGAUAAGAAGAAAUCAUCUCUACAAUGUACACAGUGUUAUAUUUUAUAGAAUGUUAUUUUCAAUUGAGGAAGCAGCUAAAGUGCACUCCGUAUUUUACAGAAGGUGGUGAUUCAAAUUCUAGUUAUUGGCAUUUUUUUCUUCUUAUAACCUGAACAGAUUUAAAAUUUUUCUCUCUUUGUGGGGGAUGAUAGGGCACUUGUUAGAGGAAAAACGGGGAAAAGUAAGUGACCACUCCUUUAGAAGUGAGAACAAUUUCAUCUAUUAUCACUUAUCCAGUGGUGGAUACUUCAUUUUGAUGGCCUCUUCUUUUUGGCUAAAUGAUAAUUGAGUCAGUGCCCCAGACUGUCAGAAGCUGAUUGUCUUCUUUUGCAUUGCCAUUAAAAAAUCAUGGGGAAAAAAUCAUGGGAACUUCAGAUAAAAGGCAUGUUUUCUUCUUAACAGAUGGCCAGUUGCCAAUCAGCCUGUUGACCGAGAAGGUUGUGGUGGGGAAAUGUUUGCCAUAUUUUCUUGUCGUUUGAAUAACUGUCUUGUAUUUAGAAAAAACGAAUAUCUGUGGAUAACCACUUUUGGUUAUCAAUUGUUGCUGACAAACCAUCCCAAAACAUAGUGGCUUAAAAUGACAAUUCUUUUUGUUUCUUCCCUCCCUAUUCUUCAACUUGGGCUGGGCUCAGCCGAGCUGUUCCUCUGCUCGUCUUACUGGUGUCACCGGUGUCGCUCUUGCUGGUUGGCAGGUUGGCUGAGAUGCUGGGAUGGCUGGGCGUCUCCCUCUGCAUGGGGCCCUCAGGUCUCCUCCUCCAUGUGAUCUCUCCAAGUGGCCUCGCCAGCAGGGUAGCGUACCUCUCACAUGGCAGCUCAGAGCUCCCAAGAGUAUAAAGCAGUAGUGGCCAGGCCUUCUUGAGACUUAAACCGGGAACUGUCACAGCAUCACUUCUCUUGCCCUCUAUUGAUUAGAGCAAGUCACAGGCCCAGCCCAGAUUCAGGAAGAAGGGACUACAGGAGAGCAUGAAGUGGAGGUGUGGUUGUGGUUCCCUGGGGGUCCCCAGUGAGCAGACUGCCAGAACCAGUACCGUGGAAAUACAACAAUGGUUAGCAAAAGGAGAAGCUGCUAGUGACCUUGGGAAGCUGAAGCUGCUUAUAGCUGGUGUCAGCUGGAAGUUCAACUGAGAAAGAGGGCCUUCAAGAAGCUUCCUGCACCAGUUCUGUCACUCUGAGCGUGUUCUCUGAACCAUCUCUUGGGAAAACUGGUCUCGUAAGGAUGGAUGUGUUUAGGGGGCCAGAGCAUCUGAAAGCAAGACCACCCCGUUAACCGUGGCACCCACAGAGGGAGGCAAAUGUGGUGCUGUCUUCAUGUCACUGGCUUCAGUCAGGCCUCUGCGCAUGCGUGCAGCUAGGCCACAGUGAGAAGGAGCAACCCUAUCGAGGCUGCUAAUCAGAUUGAAUUAGCAGUAGCUCAUUUUUGUUUUAACCAAGCAGUAAGAUUUGCUAACGUCCUACCGGAAGUGCCUUCAAAACCAUCCCUCUUUGCCCCGUGUGUUGAAUCAUCAUUCGGUGAGUGUAUUUCAAUUAAAAUAUCAUUGGCUGACUUCGCGUAGGUAAUAAAAUGCUACGGCAGCUUUGUCAUUAAGUCAUGGUCUCCUUUCUGGAAUUCUUGCUUUUGCUCCUGAAAGGAAGGACUAGAUUCAUACCUGGUAGAAGUUCCCUCCUGAGGUCUCUGCCUCCCUGGAAACCCUGAGGUCAGUUUGGCAGAGCAUGGGCUGCCAUUUUCACCGAGAAAAUGUACAGUGUUCCCUCCUCCCCCACCUCCCCAAUCUCUUGAACUUAGAAUUGCUUCAGAACAUAGGUGUGGCCUGAAGGUCAUUACCUUAUAAGAGGAAUGUAAAUGACUACUGUCUUCUUGUCAAUCCUGUAAAGAAAGAGAUUCCAGUUCAGUAUUUGCAACAAGGAUUUUGAACCCUGUUCUUUUUAUUGCAUUGUCACACUGAAUGGUUCUCCAUUUUGCCUCUAUUUUGUGGAAUUGUUUUGACUGGACUUGAGGGCCAAAGUCUUUCACCAGCACACAAGGGUUUGAUUGUACAAACACAUCUGCUGCAUUAACGUCUCUGCCGGUAGCUUCAGAUCAGGUGUCUUUACCCUUGGGGGCGGGGAACACCUGAUCUUGUUAGCUAGCUCUGUUCGUUAUAGGACAUUGAUUUUAUUUAGAUUUCCCUCCACGAAGUCAGCAAACUGUCAUGUUAGGUAAACUCAUGCCAAGAUAAGAUUAGAGGUGUCCCCAGGUUGCUAAGAUUUGUUGUGUGUUUAAUAAAAGGUGAUUGCAGGUUUUCAGAUGAGUUUUCUCUAUGUGGGAUGGAAGCAGGCAGGGGGCGGUAAAGAUGGGGGAGCUUGAGGUGUGGGUUUAAAAAAAUUGUGGGAAUGAAAGUUCCAAAGAGGUGGUUUCUAAGGAAGUCAAAGGGCGCAGGGCCAGAGCAGUAAGUGAUAGUUGAAUCAGGUUACCUGGAAAAUAGGUGUGAGAGACACAUGUACGCCGUCUGCUUCUGGGUUGCUGGUAGGCAUUCAAUUUGCACAAUCUCCCAUAGCUGGUUGAGUAUUUUAAAGUUGUAAUAAACAUAGGAUUUUAUAUUUGGGGUGAAGAAAUUAUCUGGCACAUGAUACUGAUUUGUUUUUUUAAGCCAAACUUCCAUCUUAAUAGCUUUUAUAAAAAAUAAAUAAAAAGACAGCUCAUAUCUAGUGUGUUCCUUCCUGAAAAUUAUGGUCAUCUGUUGCAUUGACAUCAGUGACUUUUCAAACGUGGCUAAAUGGGGAUGAGAAAAUAUUUGUUCGACUUUCUUGGUGUUUUGCAUUCUUGACGGAGCCCCGUUGCUUUGGAACAGCCAAGAAAAUCAUCAAGGUUCUUUUUAGGGGUUAUUUUACUGGGGAUUUUAAGAACUAAUAUAAGGUCUUGGGUUAUUUCUAGUUCAGGGGAAUAUGGAAAAAGGUAUGCAGUUGGGAAGUGUUUUGUUGUAGCUUAUUAAUCCGUAUGGGAAACUUAGACUGCAGACAUCAGUACAAACCCAGUGCAGUUUUUGCUUUCUGUAUGUUGUUGCGGGAAUAAAGUUUUCUAUAGCAAGCACAUGGCCUCCCUGAUUUCACGAUGCCUUUAUUAGGAUCUGUAUUAGCCCUUAAUUGUGUUGAAAUCUUUCUCCCUCUUCCUCCUGAAAAAAUGAGUUCCAAAAUAUAGUUUAUUGUACCUUCCAUCUUAAAAAAGUUUGUUCCUUUUUCACUACGGGCAGUUCAAACAAGGCAAAAAUAUUUAACAGUUGGUUUUAGUGUGUUGUAUAACUUUGCUGUAUAUCAAACUAAUUCUUACAAGUUUUCAUCCUAAACCUCAAAUCAUGUAAUUAAUAAUUUGACUGUUUAUUUAUGACCUAAUUGUGAUUCUUUUAUUAAUAAAAGCUAAUAGAAAAGGAUCCUUUAUUAAGCUGAUGACUAGACCUACAUUUAAUUUUCCUGCAGUAUAUGAAGUAUUGUACCAGAGUAUUAAAAGAUAUGUAAUAUUUUAUUGAUAAAUCUAUCCUUUAAAAGGAAUACAUUUUAGGAUGUCAUCAUUUUGAUGUGAAUCAUGUAAAUGUUGAUAAUAUGCACUGUUUAUUAUACAUUUAGUGUUUCAAAAGAUUCACUUAAUUGCCUUUUUGCCCACGUAUAUUGUGUAGUCUAUUUGCAAUUGUUUAAAAAAAAAUGACAUUAAAAGAAUAGUCUAUGUAGAGAAACAUUAGUGGAUGUUACUUCCCUCCUCACCUGUAUUUAUGGGUGUUAGUUCAACUGCUUUGCUAGUUGCAAAGCCCUAUUAUCAGAGUAAAAAUGUAUUUGUAAACUGUAUGGGAACUAAAAAUUAGGAAUAAAACCAUUUUCUUAUAUUA